CCCCUAAAGUGUAAGUACAAGCCUGGAGUUGAACUCACCACCCCCAAUGGGAGGUUCAGGUAGAAGAAGAAAGUAUAUAUCAGUUCUCUCAUCGCACACAUCACAAUGGUCAUCGUUGCCUCAUCGAUUGCUCCGCGUGUCCUCAUUUCCGAGUGCUGGCCAUCACCGACCUCUUCGAUUAUUCACUCUUUGACCGUUUGAACCAAUACGACAAAAGUAGGUAACUGUCACGAUUUGUCGGCUACAUACAUAAUGUAGUCAUUUUUGGCUGCCUUUUAAAUCGUUGACAAAUUCAAUUCAAUGGGAUAAAAGGAGCUACGGAUGCACAUGAUUGUCUUUGCAUUAUCUAAAUGUGUGUCCAUGACCCUCAUCAACAGUCUCUUAACUUUAGUUUAUCCACAACACAACUUCACUUUCACUUACAAAUUACAAUACCAUCUGUAAUUUGGCUACCAAUUUGAAUCGUCAUGUCGAUCCUCCAAAAACUAGAUCAGUUUAGAAUUCCAUUUGAAGAUAUAAAACAGGCAACCAACAAUUUUGGUCCUGAAAAUGUCAUCGGACUGGGUGGUUACGGGAUGGUGUAUAUGGGAGAGCUUAUACACAUACGCUCAAGAACGCCUAUCAAGAUUGCAGCAAAGCGGGUUGAUCGAAGAUUUAACCAUGGAGUAACCCAUUUCUUAAACGAGAUCAAAGUGCUUUCUUCAUACAAACAUGUAAAUAUCGUCUCCUUUAUUGGCUUCUGUGAUGAACAUGAUGAGAAGAUCCUUGUUGAGAAGUUCGUUGCAUACGGAAGCCUGGAUAAGUAUCUAAGUAGCGCAAAGCUGAAUUGGAUGAAUCGCAUCCAAAUUUGCCUUGGUGCAGCUCAUGGGUUGAAUUAUCUUCACAAUGGUCUUGAAGGUCAUACUGUUCUUCACCGUGACAUUAGGAGCAGAACCAUUCUAUUAGACACAAAUUGGCAACCAAAGAUAGGUGGUUUGGGCCUCUCCAUGAUGGAUCCGAUGCUUCAGAUCGUUAGUGAUGGUUUUGGUGCAAAUGGGUAUGUGGAUCCGAUGUUCUUGAAAACUGGGAUUAUAACAAAAGAAUCAGAUGUAUACUCCUUUGGGGUGGUGUUGUUUGAAGUUUUAUGUGGAAGAUUGGUAUAUGAGACAAGUGAAGAUGAGAAACGAUUUCUGGGUCCAUUGGCUCAUCAGCUCUAUGAAGAGGGGAAGUUGAAUGAGAUCAUAGAUCCCAUUUUAAGGGAACAGAUGAAUCCGGAUUCUUUGGAGACUUUUUCAGCUAUUGCAUAUCAAUGUGUGGAAACCAGUCGAUGGCAACGCCCAUCAAUGAUUCAGAUUGUGCAAAAACUUGAACAAGUCUUGAGACUUCAACAGGAAUUUGAGAAUGCAUUGGCUCUUCAACAAGAUGCACAAAGUUUGAAAGGAAAACAAGAAGACGAAGACUGCUACAAGGUGAAAAACUUGGAACACAUGAAAAUUCCAUUAGAACAGAUAAAGCUAGCAACUCGUGAUUUUCACGAUGAUUUUCUAAUAGGACGUGGUGGAUAUGGGAAAGUGUAUAAAGCAGAUCUCUUCCACUUUGAUGUACAAAAAUACAUCAAAGAAAACGUAUAUCGCAAAGUUUCUAUGAUUGAACUCUCAGGCUUCGAAAGAAGAAAAAGCACAGUUUCCAUUAAGCGAUUAGAUCGUAGAUACGGACAAGGAACCGCAGAGUUCCUACAAGAAAUCUCAGUGCUUCCUUAUUUUAAGCACCAAAAUCUUGUCAAACUUGUUGGCUUCUGUGAUGAAGGUCAUGAGCGUAUUCUUAUCUCAGAGUAUGCCUCAAAUGGAAGCCUUGAUAAAUAUGUUUGUAGGAACAAUCAUACAUGGGCACAACGUCUGCAAAUUUGUCUUGAUGCUGCACAUGGACUUGAAUUUCUUCAUAAUGGUGUUGGAGAGUAUCAUAGGAUUAUACACCGUGAUAUCAAGAGCUCAAACAUUUUGUUGGAUCGAAAUUGGGUGGGGAAGAUCAGUGACUUUGGGUUGUCAAGAAUUGGGCCUGCAAAUUUACAAGCCACCUUUGUAACGACUCAAGUUGCAGGAACACUUGAGUAUGUUGAUCCACAAUACCACAAGACAGGAAUGUUGACAAAAGGUUCGGAUGUGUAUUCAUUUGGAGUGGUUUUAGUUGAAGUAUUAAGUGGAAGGUUGGCUUACUUUCCAAGGUCCAAAGGUGACCCUGAAUUUUUACCCCACAUGGCUAAACGUUGCUUCGAACAGAAUAAGAUCAUUGAGAUUCUUGACCCUAAGUUAAAGAAAGAAUUCGAAAAAGGCUCUUCUUCCACUUUUGAUGACGAAAUCUGUCCAGAUUCAGUAAUUAUAUUUGCAAUAAUUGCAUAUAAAUGCUUGCAAGAAAAUCGAGAUGAUCGCCCAGCAAUGCCAGAAGUGGUGGAAGAACUUGAAAAAGCAUUAAAAUCUCAUGUAAAAGGGGUGGAGAAGCUAAGAACUUCUCUUGAUGCAAUUAGAUUUGCUACAAAUGACUUUAGUGAUGUGAUGGAGAAAGGAGUACAUCACACUGUGUAUAGAGGAGAACUUUCUCAUUCAAAGGGACACCAUGAUGUUAUUGUAAAGCGGCUUAAUCCUAUAGUUACAUCAAAUGGAAACCAAUUUUAUAAAGAGAUCACAAUGCUUUAUAGUUAUAGCCACAAGAAUAUCAUUCCUCUUUUAGGAUUUUGUGAAGAGGCAGGUGAGAGGAUUGUUGUUUUUGAGCAUAUGGUUAAUGGAAGUCUGAAAAGGCAUGUGAAAAACACAAGUCUAACAUGGAAACAACGCCUAAAGAUAUGCAUUGAUGCUGCACAUGGGCUAGCUCACAUUCAUAGUGGUGUUAAUACCCAAUAUUCAGUUCAUGGAGACAUAAAAAGCAGUAUCAUUCUACUAAAUCAUGACUGGAAAGCUGUUAUUUCUGAUUUUAUCAUACCCAAAGGUGUAGGGACAUUAGGUUAUUAUGAUCCACUCUAUGCAACCACGGGAAAUUUAACCCAUAAAUCGGAUGUCUAUUCGUUUGGUGUGGUUUUAUUUGAAAUCUUAUCAGGGAGAUUGGCAAUUGAAACACAAAAUAUUGAUAAGAAACAGUCACUCCAUGGAGGUGAAGAUGAUCGAGUGAUAUUUCUCUCACAGUUGGCUGCACAAUGCUUCCAAAACAAUCGAUUGGAAGAUAUUAUCUUUCAUGAUAUGAAGGGAAAAAUUGAUGCAAAAUCUUUGGUUGGUUUUUCAACAAUUGCCUAUCGAUGUUUGCAAGAAAGGCUAGAGGAACGUCCAACAAUGGCUGAGGUUGUAAAAGAACUUGAGAAAGCCUUUGUAUGUCAAGAUGAGUGGGAAUGGGAGCAAAAGUUGCCUAGAGAUUAUGAGAAAAUAAUUCAUGUGUCAAAUUAUCCAAUAUCAAAUCUAAGCUCCAAGAAGGAUCUCCAUUCCCUUCUUUCUUCAGGAAUUCUCAUUCCCAAUGAAAAACUGUGGUUUUCAAUAAGCAUGGAUGGAUUGAAAAAUGUAGUGAUCUCAGCAACAAAGUUUUCUUACGAAAACGUGAAGUGGAGAUCUAUACGAAAGUCAAGGUUUGCAAAGGUUGCAAAGAUACCAGAUCUCUCAAAUCUCAACAUCCGAAUCAACAUAAAAACUCAAUUUUUAACCCCUGGGGUCAUGUAUAGAGCUUACCUAGUGUUCAAGUUUUGUGAUCGAAGAAAGGUUUCUAGUAGACCAUUAUACGUGAAUCUAAAAUACAACAAGUCAGACGAAACCUUAAAUGCAUAUUUUGCAGAGUGGAAAACUGGAAGCAAUUGGCUAACAAUUGAACUGUUUCGAUUUUGGAAUAAUGAUAAGGAAAGUGCUAUUGAAUUUGAUGUUCUUUUAGAGAGCUUUUCUCGUUAUUAUUGUGGAAGUGGGGGAAUCUUUGUUGAAGGCAUAGAGUUUCAGGCCAUUCACCAUGUGGAUACCAAUAGUAACGAAGAAUUAAAUUAUGAAAGAAACAUAGGACCCUUGAAACCAAUGUCAAACACGGAUUUGGUUGAACAAAUGUCAAUUGAUCAUUGUCAAGAAAUAAUCAACCGGUCUGAAAUUGAAAAUAAUAUCCGAAGCUCCUCCAAAGAGGAGCUUCACAACCUUCUUUUCAAGGGAAUUCUUAUUGACAAGGGUGAAAAGAUAUUUUCACUAAGCAAAGAGAACCGGAAGAAAUGCCAUAUGCUACCCGCAAAAGCUGUUAUAUAUGACCAUUCAGAUGUGAAGUCCUACAAAAUAAAACUUCAAUCCCAAUUCAGGUGCAGAUUUGGAGAAUAUGUUGAGAUUCUCUCUCGCCAUGAAUUACGUAUCAAAUGUGACAUUGAAACACAAAUGCUCUCAUCAGAUACAGCCUAUGCUUGUUUCCUUGUGUUCAAGCUUUCAGAAAAUUGUGGUGGGCUCAAAUGUCCAGUGAAAGCAAGGGAUUUACUACCUUAUAAAAAGGAAAGAACCAAAAUUAUUUCUUUUAGACCUCCAAGCAUAGUGAACUUGGAUAAAAUUAAAUGGAUUCCAAAACAGAGAGAAGAUGGGUGGAUUGAGGUCAUAGUGUGGGAAACCAUCUCUUCUGAUGAUUCUGAUUCUAUUUCUAUGGAUUUGAAACUCAUAAGUUUUGAAGGAACUAUGUCUGGUCUCAUGGUUUGUGGCAUUGAGUUUCGUCCAAUAUAGAACACAAUUUAUGUAACAACAUUUUUUUAUUACUAUUGUAUCAACCAACACUCUAAUUGCUCUAACUGUGCAUGGAUCUUUAAGAGAUCAUUUUUUUUUUUUGUCGUGUG